AUGCUUGACUCAAAGAUGAUGAAGGAAUUCUACCUCUAAGGGGAUGUAUAAUUUCCUUAUACUGCUUAGGGUGGCUAACGUAAAGAUCUCUUCUUCAAGGAACGACUAAGCACAAAGCAAACUUCAAGAGGGUUUGAUCGGUAUAGAGGUUCCUCUUAAGAAAUAUAAUCAUCAGCUGUUUAGAAGUUUGCAAAUGAAAGUAGCAAGUAAUUCUCCGAAUUCAAUAUGCCUUAAAUCAAUAUUAAUUUUGGAGAUUAUCAAACUAUUGACAAUAAGAAUGAUCAAAGUACUGAUAUGAAUAGAAGUUAACAGCUUGGGGAAGUGUUUGGAAACAGAAAGCCAAGUUUGUUUUAAAAAUUCAUUUAGAGACAAUCUAUUGAUAUUAGUCAAAGCACAAAUGUUGGAGUAAGCGGUGGACCGAACGCUGGAGGUAAUAAUGGCUGUACAAACAAUAAUGGGCUAGAAAUUGGGCUAGAUUUGGAAACUAAUCACAAUUAAACCCAGGCGAUAAAUACUGUUAGAGGCAGCUUGUAUAACAACUCUAUAUUUAAGGAUUCAUCAGUAGAGAGAGAUGAGGUGAACGGAGGACUGAUGACUAUCUAAGGAAGUAACAUUACCCCUGAAAUCGCUGCAUAGAUAGUCAAAAAUUAUCUUCUGCCAAUGUUUAACGGGAAAAGAAACAUCAGAGGUACUUCAAAAAAAAGAAAAUCAUAAGAUGAUUCCACGAGGCAAACUAUCAUCUCAGAGGAGCAGCAUGCAAAUCUAGAUUAAUUAAACGAUUAAAAUGGUAAAUUACCAAACAAAUAUAACUUGAAUAACACUGUUUAUACGGAACUAUUAUUGAACCAAAAACUUUACAAAAAACUGAUUGACACAGACUAAAAAUUAGAAUAUACUCUGGAAUAAAUGGAGGAGCUAAAAAAUAAAAAUAAUUUGACUGAGAAGUAUACCUUAGAGUAGAGGCAACUGAUUAUUAGAUAUCAAAUUGAAAAUUAAAUACUCAAGAAUCAUAUUUAAAAGUUGAGUGAUGAAAAGAAAAAGUUGCAUAUUGAUAUUGAAUUACUGCUUGAAAAUUAUAAGAAGCUGAAUGAAAUUUUCAUCACAAGUGAAACAAAGAGGAAAAUGAUACUCAGUACAUAUAUGGAUACUUGCAUUUAAAAGGAUAAAUUUUAAGGUUACUGCAAAUAACUCGAAACUGAAAAUAAGUUGCAAGAUAUAUAGUCUGUGUAUCUUAAAGAGUAAUACCAAUUAGUUUCAGAUUCAAUCUCUAAAUUAUCAUAAUACAAGAUGAUUUAGGACUAAAAUGAUGUAUCAGUAGAAUUUUUAAGAAGAGAAAUUGAAAAGCAAGCAAUGGAGAAAAGGGAAGUUGAUGCUUAAGCAAUACUAGCAACUGAAGAAAUAACAAUGCUUAAAAAAAGAAUAGAAAGAUUAAAAAUUCGAAAAGUUAAGUUGAAUCAAAAGAUAUGUAAAAAUUGCAACCAGGAGUUUAUUGAAAGUGAGAAUUACAAUUGGUCAUGUAGAACACAUUAGUCGGAAUAUGGAGGUGAGAUGUGGUGGUGCUGUGGUAGGAAAUUAAAAGAUGCUCCUGGAUGCAAGUUUAAUAAGCAUCAAAACAAAGAUGAUGAAGAAUAAGAGGCUAAAGAAUUUAAUGAUGCUUUGCACUAAGAGACUAUCAAAUGCUUUUGCUGCAAAUAACAUGGCCAUGCAGGAAGACAAUGCAAUAGAGACCCAAACCUUAAGACAAUUUAGGGAAUAGAUUUAGAAAAUUAAGCAAACCUUGAGGAUUUGCGAAUUCAUAAAGUAGAAACAGACCACUAGUUGAGGAAAAAAAUCAAUUAUUUAGAAGAUUUCCGCAAAUUAGUCACCCAUUUAAUAUCUCAGCAAUAAGAGGAAUUGGACUAUGCAGCACUUAAUCCUAAUAGAAUUAGGAGGAAGCCAAGACCAAGCGAUCAUAUUUAAAAUACUCUGUUACAAUUCGAUGAUUAUAACUAUGCCGAACUCAAUCACGAACUAAAAAGAGGUAUUACAAGGAAAAAUACUAGUGUUAAGCUUGAUCACACUUUUAGCUUCAAUAAGUUGCAAUCCUUUCGGGAACAUAUGUAUCAAGAUGAAUCAAUUAAUCAUGACGGAGGGGACCUUGAUACCAUCGUCAUUGAGAGAUAAGAAUCCAUAAUUGAUCAAGGACCUACAAAUGAGGUGACUUUUGACUUUGAUAAAAUAAGAUAGUACCAGCAAAAAGAACCAUUUGAAGAUGUCAAAGAAUUAAAGUAUGAACUAGCUUUGAAACAAGAUAUUACAAUGAAGCAAAAUCUGAUUGACAUUCUAAAUUACAUGCCAAAGAGAUUUAGUCAAAUGUCUAUUUAAAACAGAAGCAGUAAAGCUGGCUCAGUCAAAGGUAAUAAAGCCUCUCAAGACAAGAGUUAGGCUACUCUAUUGACAUCUACUAGAAUAGGUCUAGUUUUCAAUCAAAACUCGAUAUCAUAAGCAGAGGAUGAGUUUGGCUUUAGGAGAAGUAUCAGUAAUAUGAAUCAAUCAUAUGAUAUGAUGAAUAAUAGCAGAGGAGCUUCUGCUUAGCCAAGAGGUAUCCUUAGAAAAAAGUCUUCAAUAAUGAAUACAAGUGAGUAUAUGAGCAGUAGCUCUAACAAUCCUAAUCAAUACAUUCGACAAGAGAGCUUAAAUGAUACAGCAAAGAAAUUACCGAAAAACGAUAUUAAAGUUGGCAAUUUAGACAAGAUUGUUAUCAAUAGUUCAUUAAAUGGAUCAGGAAAUAUUAUCUCAGGGAACUCUGGAUAAAGGACUAAGUCAAAAUUCAAGUAAUGA